AUGACACACCUCCAAAACCUCUUCAACCAGGCAAUAAAGCCCCUCCCCUCAAUCCACGACAAAACAUUCGCCUCAAACUUCGACACCUUCGCCGGCAAACAAGUAGUCCUCCUCGGCGACGCCAGUCACGGCACCUCUGAAUUCUACUCCGCGCGUGCAGAAAUAACAAAACGCCUAAUCCAAGAACAUGGCUACACAAUCGUCGCCGUCGAAGCAGACUGGCCGGACGCAGAAGCAAUAGAUCGGUAUGUGCGCAUGCGCCCCGGUCCAAAAGCAAGCGUAGGCGGCAUCGCCGCCGGCCACGAACCAUUCAAACGCUUCCCAACCUGGAUGUGGCGGAAUCGCGAAAUGCAGGAGCUGGUCGAAUGGAUGCGCGAUUGGAAUCAGGAUCAGUCACCCGAGAAACAGGUUGGAUUUUACGGACUCGAUUUGUACAGUAUGGGUGCCUCGAUUAGGGCGGUUAUCGACUAUCUCGACGGCAUUGAUCCUGCCGCGGCGAAGGUCGCGCGGAAACGAUACGGCUGUCUUGAGCCCUGGGUCGAUGAUCCGACGGCCUACGGCCUGUCCGCCCUGCAGGGGAUGGCCGAUUGCGAGAGCCAGGUCAUGGAUAUCUUGCAGAACCUGCUCAAUCGGCGGAUUGAGUAUGCGCAAGGUGAAUUCAGGAUGGACGACGAGUAUCAGAGUGGAAAGCAGAAUGCGUAUCUCGUGCGGGAUGCGGAGAAAUAUUACAAGGCGAUGUACUGGAGUUCCGCGACGUCGUGGACAAUGCGCGAUACGCACAUGUUCGAUACAUUGCACCGACUAAUGCAGCACCGGCCCCCGCCGGCACACAAGGCAGUUGUCUGGGCGCAUAAUUCGCACGUCGGCGACGCGCGGUACACGAGUAUGGGGAUGCGGCGGAACGAGGUGAAUAUCGGACAAUUGUGUCGGGAGCGGCUGGGAAGGGAGAAUGUUUGUAUUUUGGGGUGUGGGACGCAUACGGGGACAGUUGCAGCUGCGCAAGAUUGGGAUGAUGAUAUGGAGGUUAUGGACGUGAAUACUUCGCGUGAUGAUAGUUGGGAGAGGGUGGCGCAUGAGACUGGUGUUCCGAGUUUUGUGGUUGAUUUUCGGCGGGGUCAGAUUGAUACGCGGCUGAGGUCGGCUAUGGCGGCGGAGAAUCGGCUUGAGAGGUUUAUUGGCGUUAUUUAUAGGCCGGAUACGGAGCGGAUGUCGCAUUAUUCGUAUGCGUUUUUGCAUAAACAGUUUGAUGGGUUUAUUUGGUUUGAUCGGACGAAGGCGGUUAGGCCUCUUGAAACGAUUCAACCUAAGACACCGCUUGGGAAGGAGGAGACUUAUCCGUUUGGUCUUUAG